AUGCCGGCUGCAUCUCCAGCGGCCGGCCCCGCGGCCGUAUCGGCCGACUGCAUCAUUGUCGGUGCCGGCUUCUCCGGCUGCUACGCCCUGUACAAGCUGCGCCAGCAGGGCUACUCGGCCAAGAUCAUAGACGCCGGAGCCGACUUUGGUGGCGUCUGGCACUCGCACCGUUACCCCGGGGCGCUGGUGGACUCGCCGCCACCCAUCUACCAGCUGAGCAUUCCUCGCGUGCGGCAGGGCUUUCACUUUGGGCUCAAAUACCCCGAUCAGCGCACCAUGCAGGCGUAUUUCCAGCACGUCGCCGAGGUGCUGGACCUACGACGCGAUGCCAUCUUUUGGCACUCCAUCGUCGACGCGCGAUACGACAGUGAUACAGGCUCUUGGCAUCUUCGGUCCGACAAGGGUCUGCACGCCACGGGCCGAUAUGUGUUCUUCGCGACGGGCACGACGAACAAGGCGUACGUGCCCAAGUUUCCGGGUCUGGAGCGCUUCCAGGGUCGGUGGGUGCACACGCACGAUUGGCCGGACGACUUGAAUCUGGGCGACAAGAAGAAGAUUGCGCUCAUCGGUCAGGGCUCUACCGGCACGCAGGUGGCGCAGGAGAUUGCAAAGCUCGACGCAGACGUCACCGUGUUUGUACGGACGCCCAACAUCGCGUACCCGUUACGUCAGCGAACCUUGACUGCCGGCGAGACGGAGCGUUGGAAGUCGCUGUACCAAGAGUACGCCCCCCACGCCAAGCCGUCAGGAUGGGCCACCAUUUCGAUGAACAUGCCCGCCCGCUCGUUUGAGGAGGAGACGGCCGAGCAGCGCCGCGAGAACUGGGAGACAGCGUGGAAGAAUGGCGGCUUCGACAUCAUCACCGGCAAUUACCCCGAGAUCUUAACAGACAAGACGGCCAACGCCGCCUUUUACGAGUUUUGGAAGGAAAAGACACUCCCGCGCAUCAAGGACCCAGGCAAGCGCAAGUUUCUGGUGCCUGACGAGCAGCCGGUGUGGUUCAUGGCGCGCCGGCCCGUCCUGGAAGACGACUACUACGAAAUGAUGGACCGCGACAACAUGACACUCGUCGAUCUGAGAAGAACGCCCAUCAAGGAAUUCACCGAGACGGGCAUCGUCACCGAGGAGCCCUGCCCAUGCGCGACGACAACGACGACGACGUCGACGACGUCGACGACUCAGGCGUUGCGCGAGUUUGACCUCGUCAUCCUAGCGACCGGCUACGAUGCAAUCACCGGCAGCCUGUACGACAUGCACAUCCGCGACCGCCGCGGCGCCCUCUUGCAGGACAAGUGGCGCGACGGCGUGCGCACGCACAUGGGCAUGAUGGUCCCCGGCGUGCCCAACGCCUUUCUGCUGUACGGCCCGCAGGCCCCCGGCCCGCUGACCAACGGCCCGACCUUUAUCGAGCUGCAGCUGUACGCGGGGUACGAGGCGCUGCUGGCGAGCGAGGCCGACUCGUCGUGGUGGGUUGGGGGCAAUAUACCCGGCAAGACGCGCGAGCCGCUGACGUGGUUCUCGGGGUUGCCCGCGUGGCGGAAAGAGUGCGAGGAGAGUCUGAGGACGUGGGAUGAUUUUGAACUGGUCAAGAGGGCGGCCAAGCUGUAG